GAUCGGGAUCGUUUUAUGGAUGAGUUUUUUGAGCAGGUGGAAGAAAUCCGUGGGUUCAUAGAGAAGAUCUCAGAAAAUGUGGAGGAGGUGAAGCGAAAGCAUAGUGCCAUCCUCGCUGCCCCAAAUCCUGAUGAGAAAACCAAGGAGGAGCUGGAGGAAUUGAUGUCUGAUAUCAAGAAGACCGCCAACAAAGUGCGCUCCAAGCUAAAGAGUAUUGAACAGAAUAUUGAACAUGAGGAAGGGCUGAACAGAUCAUCAGCAGACUUGAGAAUAAGGAAAACUCAGCAUUCUACCUUAUCACGGAAGUUUGUGGAGGUGAUGUCAGAAUACAAUACAACCCAGACUGAUUACCGGGAACGGUGUAAAGGAAGAAUCCAAAGACAGCUGGAAAUAACUGGCAGGACCACCACCAGUGAGGAACUGGAGGACAUGCUGGAGAGUGGGAAUCCAGCUAUAUUCUCCUCUGGGAUCAUCAUGGACUCCAACAUUACAAAGCAGGCAUUGAAUGAGAUUGAGACCCGGCACAGUGAGAUCAUCAAGCUAGAAAACAGCAUCCGUGAGCUCCAUGAUAUGUUCAUGGACAUGGCCAUGUUGGUGGAAAGCCAGGGCGAGAUGAUCGACCGCAUUGAAUAUAAUGUGGAACACUCCGUGGACUAUGUGGAGAGGGCUGUGUCUGAUACCAAAAAAGCUGUAAAGUACCAGAGCAAAGCACGGCGGAAGAAGAUUAUGAUUAUCAUCUGCUGCGUCAUUCUGGGAAUUGUCAUUGCUUCUACUAUUGGUGGAAUAUUUGGCUAA